AUGAAGAGUGAAGAGCUGGAGCUGCAAAGACAUGAGCAAACUGUUAUAUUGCACACCACUAAGCCUUGCUGGGAUGUCUCGCAAGGAUUUCGUUGCAAAGUAAAAACAAAUGGGACCAAACUUUCUUACAAAGCAAUACCAAAGAAAAAAACAAUAGUCAUUUACAAAUGCUGUCCUGGUUACUUCGAAACACCGCUGGAAACUUGUGAAAACGGUUAUUACGGGAAUAAUUGUUCGCUACAUUGCAAUUGUACCGAAACUGAAAUCUGUAAUAAAGUGGUUGGAUGUUGUGGUUCCUCAAACAAACAGUGUAGUGAUCUUCAAAGUGCUGCAAUGAAAGAGUUUGUGGAAAAUAGAAACUGGAUGUUUCCUAUUUUAUUGUCAUCAUUGUUAGCUGUUGUUUUGCUGUCGUUUGGAACAUUCUUCUACCGAAGAAAGUAUAAAAAAGAGAAAGAUCCUGAACUUCCGACUCUUACUUAUUAUCCACACGUAAAAGAACUUUUUACUCCAAAUGAAGUUGAAACACGAGAAUUCAACAAUCCAAUGUAUCCUGGAGCAAAUGAAAGAUUAUCAAUAAAGGAAAUACCAGAUGAACCAGUACUUGAUGCCAAACGUGUCGAACUAAGAAAUUCUACAUCUACUCUUAGUACAUCAUAUUUAUUGAAUAUUGAUACUGAUUAA